AUGAAGUUCUACUUUCAUCUGAUUAAACGGAGCAGCGCAACGUCCUCAGAUUCCCACCCUCCCUCGUUGACCAAUCACAGAUCCAGCGUUGUCAACGGCACUUUGGAGUCUGACGGCGUGACUUUCUUCAUCAUUGAGGGCCUCGCCGGCCUUGGCGAGAAAAAGAUGAUAGUUUUUAUCAUCCUGCUUCUGGGUUACAUCGUCAUCCUGGGAGGAAACAGCAUGAUCAUUUUUGUGGGACUGACUGAUCCGAAGCUCCACUCUCCGAUGUAUUUCUUCCUCUACCACCUCGCCUUCGUGGACAUCGUCUACACCGCAACCACCAUCCCCAAGAUGCUCUCCGGCCUGCUGAUAGACGUGAACACCAUCUCCGUACUGGCCUGCUUCGUUCAGAUGUAUUUCUUCUUCAUGCUGUCAGUUACUGAGUACGCCAUCCUGACCGUCAUGGCGUACGACCGCUACGUGGCCAUCUGCCACCCGCUGCGCUACACCGCCAUCAUGACUCGGACCGUCCGGCUGCUCCUCGUCGCCGGAGCCUGGAGCUUCGGCGCGGUCUGCACGCUGCCCGCCACCUCCAUGACCUGGCAGCGGACUUACUGCGGCCCGAAUGUAAUAACACAUGCCUGGUGCGACCUGUCGUCUGUGAGGCGGCUGGUCUGCGGCGACACCAAGGCGGAUAACAUUGUGUCCAUUUCCUUCGCCAUAGUGGCGCUGCUGAGCACCGGAGUCCUCAUCCUCACAUCCUACGUCCUGAUUGGUGUUUCCAUAUCGAGGAUGAGUGUUGCCCAGAGGCUGAAGGCCUUCGGGACGUGUGCCGCCCACCUGACCGUGGUGUCCAUCUCUUACAGCUCGGCCUCGUUUGUUUACAUCUCCUACCGGGUGGGACGCUUUUCACCAGAGGAACGUAUCAUUGUGGCUGUGAUGUUCUCUGCUCUGACUCCUUUCCUGAACCCGAUGAUCUACAGUCUGAGGAACAAGGAGCUCCGAGAGUCCAUCAGGAGGACUCUGAGGAGGCUCAGAACUGCUGCUGUGUUUCCCCGCUACAUCUCCCUGAACCUGUCCCUGAACCUGACGGAGCAGCGCUACAUCUCCCUGAACCUGUCCCUGAACCUGUCCCUGAACCUGUCCCUGAACCUGACGGAGCAGCGCUACAUCUCCCUGAACCUGUCCCUGAACCUGACGGAGCAGCGCGGCGUCUCACGGUAA